AUGGAUCUUCUUCUGGAGGAAACUUGGGGAACUGGCUACUUUCAGAAACGCUCACUUUUUAUCAAUACAGUAAUAAUCCUGCCACUGCAAGGACUGUACUUCCACAACCUUUUCUUCGGCCAAGAACUCGACCACGCGUGCGAUGAAAAUAAUAAAAUACUCGAGCAGUAUUCUUUCGAUUUUAAUUCUUCAAGUUCAAGAAUCGCUCGCAACUCGAGCGAUUCCUGCGCCCAGGAGUGCUCAAUGGAAAGCUCGUACGCGAAUGAAUUCAAUUUCCUUUGCGAAGAUGCGGCUCAUCGAACAACCAUUUUAAGAAUAAGGGCUCACAAAAUAUAA